CUUCUGCUGGAGACAUCAAAAAGCAACAAGGGAACGAUCAAAUUACGGGAAGCUGGAAAAGCAGUUGUAGGGUAGAACUAAAAUUGUGGCUAAGGGAUUGUGAAUUUCCACAACCUCCAGAGAACAGGGCUGGGGUAUCCCAGACAUCGGGAAGCUCCUCUCGGGACCAGACAUGGGACAGGGGGAUGAGGGGUAACAGUGCUGUGGGCAGAGCGUUUUUCGGCAAGGCAAUCAGAUCUUUUUCCGUGCUUGAUGUGCUCUCAGCCCCAGCGCUGUGGUCGGAGGGGUCCUGACCCGGGGUGAGCAGCGGCUCGGAGAGCUCCUGCCCAAGGAAGCAAUGACGGGCAUCACCUGCCGGGGAUGCUUUGGGGUGAAGGACCUCCGGCCGCAGCACCUUACGGGAGAGGCGUUCGGCCACCCAGUGCCACCAAGGUGGAGGAGAAAGCUCCGGGAACGAGGGAAGUGCCCCCGGUUCCCGCACAGCGACGGGACACGCGUUCCCCGCUCCAUGGCACGCUCUCAGCCGGCUCCGGGUUAGCGCCGCUUCUGCCGUGCGAUGCCGGGGAAGGCGGAUCCCCCUCCGGGGGCUCAAUUCCCGUUCUCCCGCUCCCCGACGGGAAGCGCGGCCGGUGCAGGGCGGUGCCGGCGGGGCGGUGCCGGUGCCCGGGGCGGUACCGGUGCCCAGGGCGGGCCCCGGGGCUGGGCGAGGCGGAGCCCGUCGGGCAGCGAGGCCGGUCCCAUGGGAGCCCGGCGGGCCGGUGGAUGCCCAUGGCUUUCAGCCCGGGGCUGCUGGUGGUGGCCGGUUCCUUCGCCGCUUUCCGCCUGCUGAACCGGGGGCUGGAGCGGCUCGUGCCGCCGCCGCCCUCGGCCCGGCGCAACCGCUGGAAGUGGCGCAACAUCUGGACAUCGCUGGCACACAGCGUGCUCAGCGGCGGCGGGGCGCUGGCCGGGUUCUACCUCCACCCCGAGAUGUCCAACGACCUGGUGGGCACACACCCGCCCGGGGCGCACAGCCUGGUGGCCGUGUCUGUAGGCUAUUUCCUUGAAGACUUUGUGGACAUGUUGUGCAAUCAGAAACUUCAUCAGUCCUGGGAGCUGCUCUUUCAUCACUCUGUGGUGAUCAUCUGCUUUGGUAUUGCUGUGCUGCUCCACCAGUACGUUGGCUUUGCCCUCGUGGCUUUACUGGUGGAGAUCAACUCCAUCUUCCUCCACCUGCGGCAGAUCCUGCUCAUGGCCAACCUGGUACACACCACCUGCUACCGCCUCAACAGCCUCAUCAACCUGGGCACCUACGUGGUGUUCCGCAUCGCCACGCUGGCCUGGAUGACCCGCUGGCUCUUCCUCAAUCGCCAGAACGUGCCCCCGGCCACCUACGCCGUGGGCACGGUGGGGAUGGCAAUCAUGACACCCAUGAACAUCAUCCUCUUCUACCGCCUGCUGCGGAGUGACUUCUUCAAAUCCAGACGGGACGCACGGCAGAAGGAGGACUAGCCUGCGAGGAGGGGCAGUUCCAAGCCCAUGGAGCAAGUGGAGGGUGAACGUGGUUGUUUCAGUACCUUGCAGGGAGGGGCUGCACUAACAGAGCAUCCAGGCUUUUCUUGUGGCUCAAGAUCCUGGGCCCUGCACAGCAGAGGAGGUGGUCAUGGACCAGGAUCUGCUCCCCAAACACUUUUGGAUGAUGUGGUCGGACAACUGGAAGCUGCUCAGAGAAGUCUCAACAGGUCUCACAGCUCCCUGAGGCACCACUGAGAUGAGAAGGGGGCAGAACAGCAUGGUUUCCCCACUGCUCUUCCAGACAUCCUGGCACCACAGGGUGUUUCCAGUCCCUCUGGUGCUGCAGCCCCCAACAUCCCAUCAGUCACAGGACAUUGAGUUCUCUGUGCUAUCUCCUAUGGGAACACCAGCAGCAAGACUCCAGGCAGACUCCUUGGAGCAAAGGAUGAUGGUGAUGGUCAAUAAAAACCAAACCCUGCACUGAUGAGCCCUCCCUGAGGAGAUUGUCCAUGCUGAGACCUGGCUGGCUGGCAGGUGACCACUGUGGGGUCCAGGUCGGGGACAGCCCCAACCUCUCCUUACAACUGGGGCUUUUUCCAUGUUGUUUCAUCCCCAGAUCAUUUAAGUGCCCAUAAAUGAGCAUGGGAGAGCACAAGUGGCUGGCAGAAGGAUGCUGUGUGAUGGUAACUUCCCACAGAUCUGGGGUUUUCAGGCACCUUUUAGGACUCAGGCAUCUGUUAGGAAUGCCAAGUUGUGCUGCAGAGCCUGGUGUAAUGCUCUCACCCGGCAGCAGAGGCUCUUACUAACACGAGCUUUUAAUAAAUGGCUGCAAAUGAAGUGGCUUGAAGGGAAAGGGCUGAGAGGGGACAAAAAGACUCAGCAUCCCAGCUCACUCUGGGGGUGUCACUGCUUAGCACAGUCUUUACCCUGUGUCUCCCUGCCACGGAGUGAAAAUACAGUGUACACUGGCACACUCUACCUCUCUUCUUGUGGUUUUUUUUCCCUAUCCCUCUCCUUUCUGUGGAAGAAGAUGAAGGUUUUAAAAUGUU